GGGGGCGUCGCGAGGGCCGCCUGAGGGGGAAGCGAGGCGGCCGCCUCCCUCGCGCGCCCGCGCGCGCUCCGCCGGGUCCCGUCCUCGUCGGCGCCCCGCGUCGCACCUGUCACUCCCCGCCUGGCCACUGGCGCGGCCUCGGGGUUUCCCGGACUGGGCUCCUGGGCUCCCCGCGCCCCGGCUCUUUUCCGGGAGUGACUGACAGCCGGGUCUCCGGGCGCUCUGGGAAACUUUGGGCAACAGCUGCAGAAGCAAGUUACUGAUGGGCAGAGACGGCAGAGUGCGGCGGCCUCGGCUGGAGCCCCGGGCGCUCCUGCUGCCGCACUGCACAGAGUGUUGAGCAGCAAGAAUGUUGAGUUGUGGCCCCUCGGGUGCAGACUAGGGAGCGGGUGGCCUUUGUUUCGGCGGCCUUAGCAGCGAAGCGGAAGAACUGAGAUGCUACAGUUCGUCAGCAAUCAAGUGGGAGAGUUCCCUGACUUGUUUUCAGAGCAGCUGUGUAGCUCCUUUCCUGGAGGUCGCGGCAGUGGCAGCGGCAGUGGUGGCAGCAGCGGCGGCAGCAGCAGUGGCCGAGGCAGCAGUGGCGGAGCCACAGACCCCGCAGUACAGCGGUCAUUCAGUCAGGUCCCAUUAUCUACCUUCUCUCCCUCAGCUGCCUCCCCUCAGGCUCCAGCCCUACAGGUCAAAGUCUCUCCUACCCCACCAAGGACAACCCCUGUUCUCCAGCCCCGACCUCAGCCCCAGCCCCAGCCUCCAGCUCAGCUGCAGCAGCAGACGGUAAUGAUCACCCCAACAUUCAGCACGGCUCCACAGACGAGGAUCAUCCAGCAGCCUUUGAUAUACCAGAAUGCAGCAACCAGCUUUCAAGUCCUGCAGCCUCAAGUGCAAAGCCUGGUGACGUCCUCCCAGGUGCAGCCGGUUACCAUCCAGCAGCAGGUGCAGACGGUACAGGCCCAGCGGGUGUUGACGCAAACGGCCAAUGGCACGCUGCAGACCCUCGCCCCGGCCACCGUGCAGACGGUCGCUGCCCCCCAGGUGCAGCAGGUCCCGGUCCUGGUUCAGCCUCAAAUCAUUAAGACAGAUUCCCUUGUUUUGACCACGCUGAAAACAGAUGGCAGCCCUGUUAUGGCUGCAGUCCAGAACCCGGCCCUCACCGCCCUCACCACCCCCAUCCAGACGGCCGCUCUUCAAGUACCAACCCUGGUGGGCAGCAACGGGACUAUUCUGACCACAAUGCCUGUAAUGAUGGGACAAGAGAAAGUUCCCAUUAAGCAAGUGCCUGGGGGCGUAAAGCAGCUCGAGCCCCCCAAAGAAGGAGAGAGGCGGACAACACACAAUAUCAUUGAAAAACGAUACCGGUCCUCUAUCAAUGACAAAAUCAUAGAGCUGAAGGACUUGGUCAUGGGAACAGAUGCCAAGAUGCACAAGUCUGGUGUCCUCAGGAAGGCCAUUGAUUACAUCAAAUACUUGCAGCAAGUCAAUCACAAGCUGCGUCAGGAGAACAUGGUGCUGAAGCUGGCAAAUCAAAAGAACAAGCUCCUGAAGGGCAUCGACUUAGGCAGUCUGGUGGACAAUGAUGUGGACUUGAAGAUUGAUGACUUUAAUCAGAAUGUCCUCCUGAUGUCUCCCCCGGCCUCUGACUCUGGGUCCCAAGCUGGCUUCUCCCCCUAUUCCAUUGACUCUGAGCCAGGAAGUCCUCUGCUAGAUGAUGCGAAGGUCAAAGAUGAACCAGAUUCUCCCCCUGUGGCACUGGGCAUGGUGGACCGGUCUCGAAUUCUCUUAUGUGUCCUCACCUUCUUGGGCCUCUCCUUUAACCCCUUGACUUCCUUGCUGCAAUGGGGAGGGGCCCACGACGCUGACCAGCACCCGUAUUCAGGCUCUGGCCGCAGUGUACUGUCACUGGAGUCAGGUCCUGGGGGCUGGUUUGACUGGAUGAUGCCAACUCUCCUUCUGUGGCUGGUAAAUGGGGUGAUCGUCUUGAGCGUCUUUGUGAAGCUGCUGGUCCACGGGGAGCCGGUGAUCCGCCCCCACUCACGCUCCUCAGUCACCUUCUGGAGACACCGGAAGCAGGCAGACCUCGACCUCGCCAAAGGCGAUUUUGCAGCAGCUGCUGCCAACCUCCAAACCUGCUUGUCAGUUUUGGGCCGGGCACUGCCCACCUCCCGCCUGGACUUGGCCUGCAGCCUCUCCUGGAAUGUGAUCCGCUACAGCCUGCAGAAGCUGAGCCUGGUACGCUGGCUACUCAAAAAAGUCUUCCAGCGCUGGCGGGCCACCCCCGCCACUGCCGCCGGCUUUGAGGACGAAGCUAAGAGCAGUGCGAGGGAUGCGGCCCUGGCCUACCACAGGCUGCACCAGCUGCACAUCACAGGGAAGCUUCCCGCAGGGUCUGCCUGUUCAGACGUGCACAUGGCUCUGUGUGCUGUGAACCUCGCUGAGUGCGCCGAGGAGAAGAUCCCGCCCAGCACGCUUAUUGAGAUCCACCUGACGGCCGCCAUGGGGCUCAAGACCCGGUGUGGAGGCAAGCUGGGCUUCCUGGCCAGCUACUUCCUUAACCGUGCUCAGAGUCUGUGUGGCCCAGAGCAUAGCACUGUCCCCGACUCCCUGCGCUGGCUCUGCCACCCCUUGGGCCAGAAGUUUUUCAUGGAGCGAAGUUGGUCAAUCAAGUCAGCGGCCAAGGAGAGCCUGUACUGUGCCCAGAGGAACCCAGCGGACCCCAUUGCCCAGGUACACCAGGCUUUCUGCAAAAGCCUUCUGGAAAGAGCUGUGGAAUCUUUGGUGAAACCUCAGGCUAAGAAGAAAGCAGGUGACCAGGAAGAAGAGAGCUGUGAAUUUUCCAGUGCUCUGGAGUAUUUGAAAUUACUUCAUUCUUUUGUGGACUCUGUAGGAUUUGUGACCCCACCCUUCUCCAGCAAUUCUGUGCUCAAGUCAGCCCUGGGCCCGGAUAUUAUCUGUCGGUGGUGGACAUCCGCAAUCACCAUGGCUAUCAGCUGGCUCCAGGGAGAUGAUGCAGCUGUGCGCUCUCAUUUUACUGAAGUAGAAUGGGUCCCCAAGGCCCUGGAAGUGACUGAGAGUCCCUUGGUGAAGGCCGUCUUCUACACCUGUAGAGCCAUGCACGCCUCGCUCUCUGGAAAAGCAGAUGGGCAGCAGAAUUCCUUCUGCCAUUGUGAGAGGGCCAGUGGUCACCUAUGGAGCAGCCUCAAUGUCAGCGGAGCUACUUCUGAUCCUUCACUUAACCAUGUGGUCCAGCUGCUUACCUGUGACCUCCUACUGUCACUGAGGACUACGCUCUGGCAGAAGCAGGCGGGGGCCAGCCAGGCCCUCGGGGAGACCUAUCAUGCAUCAGGCACUGAGCUGGCCGGCUUCCAGCGGGACCUGGGCAGCCUGCGCAGGCUGGCCCAUAGCUUCCGCCCGGCAUACCGCAAGGUGUUUCUGCAUGAAGCCACUGUGCGCUUGAUGGCAGGAGCCAGCCCCACCCGGACACACCAGCUGCUGGAGCAUAGCCUGCGGAGGCGCACCACUCAGAACGCCAAGCAUGGAGAGGUAGACACCUGGCCCGGCCAACGAGAGCGAGCUACUGCCAUCCUGCUGGCCUGCCGCCAUCUUCCCCUCUCUUUCCUGUCUUCCCCGGGCCAGCGGGCAGUGCUGCUGGCUGAAGCCGCCCGCACCCUGGAGAAGGUGGGUGACCGCCGUUCCUGCAAUGACUGCCAGCAGAUGAUUGUCAAGCUGGGUGGCGGCACUGCCAUCGCUGCCUCCUGACCACGUCUGGGGCUUGGUCCACCUCUCUCCACCUUCAUCUCUUUCUCCCAGGAUCUUCCCUCUGUCUCCCAGACUGUCUCCCCAUCUGUUUUUCUCCCUCCUCCAAGAGCUGUGAGGAUAAAGGCAAGACUGAUUUUCUGAGCUGUUACCUGCCAAGGCUUUUGGAUCAUUUUAGGCCAGUAGGACCAUGGGCAGAGCUCCUUAAAACUGUUGUGGUAAAUCCAUGGUCUAAGCCCAGGUGGGCUGAGAAGAAAGAUGGCCUGAGCAGGAACAGGGCGAUCUCCUCACUUGAAAGCAACCUAGGGUGCUGCCAAGCCCCUUCUCCAGCCCCCUACAGACUGUCUCCCUUUCUGCCUCUUUGGUUUUUUUGUUUCCGUUUUUGCUUUUUCAGCCGGCUUUCUCUGGGAACUAGGUCUCUGUGCACCAGAGAACAUUUUGCAUUCUGGCCUUGUCCGACAUCCCCCUUUUUAUACAAAUGUUUUUAUAUGUGUGUGCUUGGGCCUGCCGUGAAGCAGGGCAAAGUUGCUGUGGCAUCUUUCUUUCUCUGCCUGGGCCUGCAUUCGCUCCCCUGGGCCUGACUAAGGCUGUUCAUUGUCUUCUCAUCAUUACAGGGACAGCCAGGGACGGAAGGGAGCCCAGCCCUGGGGAGGUGGGUGGGAGGCAGGGGCAGGCCUAGGGAGGGAUAAAAUAAUGUUGGCAUUGUUUUUUAAUUUUUUAAAAAAUAAACGGUAUCUUAUUUAAUUGUCCUGUUCCUUCCCACUUCUCCACCCCAAGAUGGCAGCCUGAGCUCAGGGUGGGCCCAAGGGGCUGGCCAGGAUGAAGCCACCAUUGGGCCUAAGGUCCAGGGGUCUUCAGCAUGAUUUAUUUGUUCCUUCCUACCCUCACCCUAACUCCUACCUCCCAGCUAGGAUAUUUUUAUCCCUAAUUCCUGUCUGUGAAGAAGCCAGGGUGGCAGUCACUGGUCCCAAAGCUUCCCCAGCAACGAGCCUCUCUUUUCAGGGUCGGUGGCAGGAGUCAGGCCUCCUGCCUUGAGAUGGGCAGGGUGGGGGGGUCCUAGGAAGAAGAGCGGCCCUGCUUCUGUGGACUGCUUGGCUCAGGGCUUCCUGAGAGACUUGAGAGGAGUCCUCCCUCCUGUGCUCCUCAUCCCCUUCAAGCUGGUCGAAGCACAGAGUAGGUGGAGGCGGGCCCUUCCUAUGCUUGGACCCCACCUAUUCUAUCUUCCACCUCUCCCCCGCUAUCACUGUAAUUUAUGGCCCCUGCCGAAGGGGCCGCCCAGCCCUUGUGUCUUGUGUAUAUACUGUGCCUUUUCUUCUUGUUGAGGGGUGGGAGGGUGUUUUUUGUUUUUUGUUUUUUGUUUUUUUUUUUCACUGAACAGGGGAUACACCUAUGUCUUCCUUGAUGUUGAAACAUUCACCAUGUGCUGGACAUAGGUUAUUCAAUAAACACAGAUUGGUACCACCUAA